AAAACGUAUACCUAGAUAAUUUUAUCUCCAAGGUUACGUCAUUAAUAAAUAACGAGUAGAAAAAUUACCGAACCGAAUAGUGUUAUUCAUAGAAGAAAAAUGGUUCGUGCAUGGUACAUGAAUAACAGCGAUGCCGAUCAACGGCUAGAACACCAUAAACAACCACCUGAAUAUAUUUCUCUUGAGGAUCUGUUCAAAAAAACAGGUGUCGAAUAUUUUAAGGUUGAUUACAAAAAUUAUCAAAAUGACAACACGUUGAUGGAAUUAAAAAAAGAACGUAAUUACACAUACGAGGAUGAAAUAGUAUGUUCUAAAGAAUGUCUUCCAAAUUACGAAGAAAAAUUAAAGAAUUUCUUCACCGAACAUCUUCACACCGAUGAAGAAAUAAGAUUAGUUUUGGAUGGGUCAGGAUAUUUUGAUGUUCGAGAUAAAGAUGAUCAAUGGAUACGUAUUGAAGUUAAAGCUGGAGAUUUGAUAAUUAUUCCUAGUGGAAUAUAUCACAGAUUUACUUUAGAUAUUAACAAUUAUAUCAAAGCGAAACGUUAUUUUGUGGGUGAACCCGUUUGGUUGCCAUACAAUAGACCAGCUGAUAAUAUGGAAUGCCGUAAAAAUUAUCUGAAUCGUUUGAACAAUGGUUUUCAAGUAAAAGUUGUUUAAAGUUUGUUAUAAAUUUUACAAAUCACCAGCUUAUAAUUUGAGGAAAUAGAAAACUUAUAUAAACA